UCUCAUCGCAGUUAGUCUCGACCUGAAUCCUUAUGGAUUUGAUCACUUCUGCGCUCAUUGCGAUCAAUCGGAGGAGAGGCUCGAGCGGCGAAUACGCGGAGGAAGACCCCAUAGACGAAGAUGAAGAGUGCGUCGACGGAGAAGAAGCGCCGGAAGAAGAGGCAAAGGAGGGAGAUCGGGAGCGAUGGAUGAAUGUCGAGUUACAAACUGCCAUCGUGAAACAAGCGAGGACGGUCUUGGACACUCUCCCCAAGAUCGCCGGCAACGGCACGCUGACUCCACCACAGUGGAUGAAGGAGCGGCAUCUGCCGCCCAAGUAUGUAGCGGCAGCGUUUAAUCGACGUUUCCCUGACGCCCCGAUAUGCCGGCCCGCCGACAGCCUGGAGAAGCGCGCCGCUGCGGCGAUGAAAGCGGCGAAAGUAACACCAGCGAUGAGUACCCGGGUCGAGAACGGAGAGAUCAUUGAUGUGCUUUUGAAGGAGUCGGUCAUGGCCGUUUUCGCGACGACACAAGUUGUGUUCGCUCUCUACGUGCACGAGGUGAUGACAACCCCCGGCGGGGCGAAGGGAGUCAGGAUGAUCGGUCCAGGAUGCAAAUCGAAUUCGGAAGUGAAACCUCCUGGAGUAUCAGGGCAUGACUUCCCAAAUGCGGGUGCUCAAAAGGCAAUCAGAACGUUUGCGAUACGCGCGGUACCCGACGUUGGCAGGGUGGUGGUUCCGUUGGCGGGCAGGUAUUUCUGCACGGCCUCAGGGUGCCCUCUCGUCUUGGAAAGUGCCAAGAAGGCGGCCAACAAAAAAAAAGUGGUUGUUGCGGAUGACGGGUGGGACGAGGCCACCAUCCGCGAGCAUUGCCCAAACGGCGGUUCCUUUACCACAAUGGACGACAGGUACGGUGAUGAUUUUAUUUAA